AUGAUCUUCUCCGACUUGUACAAGUCGCCCAGAUCACCCCUCUCGAAGCUACGCCACCCUCACCUUCAACACCACCAGACUCCCACGGAACAAGACCCUGACUUUGAUGCCGAUCUGCUCAGCAAGGACAAGACCAAGCAAAAGGAAGCUGUGAAGCGCUUCCUGGCGCAAAAGGUCCGCAAUGACUGGGACUUCAAGUGGCCCGCCCACAACAAUGCGCCAGAGCUCCCGGCUGCUGAAGAGCCCAUCAUCACAGAAACGGCAUCUUUAGCAGCGGACAAAGACAUUGAAGGCUUUCUCGAAGUGGCGAUAGAGAACGAAGACGACGAUAUCACGCCCGUUGCCGACGAGGAUGCAGUUGUGGACUCUGGCGAGGAAGCGGACUCUGAGACAGACUCGCCAUAUCCCGUGGAGACUCUGCUUCCCAUUGCACCUCCUCUCCUCCCACCAGCCAACCCGAUGCGUGCUUCCAUUACACCAGCACUAUACAUAUCCAUCUACGACAAGGUUGUCGUGCACUCGCUGCAGCCCUCCUGCCCCAUCAACCUAGGGGACAUGAUCCGCGCGUGCGUCACAGGGUGGAAGCGCGACGGCGAGUGGCCGCCGCGGCCGUCCGAGCUGCCGGCCGUCAUCGCCGUGCGCAAGAAGCGGGAGAAGCGCGACAGCGUCACGUCCCCCAGCUCGGCGAGGCGGAUGAGCUUUGGGUUUCUGAACCGCGGCGACAAGGACGAGAAGGACAAGGACAAGGACAAGGAGAAGCCGAGCGAGGCGCGCCGGGAGAGCAGCGUCGCGGAGGACGCGAGCUCGGGCAAGGCGUUCCGGCGGAGCAUCCAGAAGGUGCUGGGGAUCGGGCAUACGCAUAGCAAUUCGAACGCGAGCGCGAACGCUGGUGCGGUUGCGGUUGCGAACGGUAUUGGGCAUGGGAAAGAAGGCGGCGCAGGAGCUUAA